CGGGCAGGAAGCGCUGGGUGGCAACUAGAGAGAAAAUCGGAGAAGGGUUCUAUCUACACUGCAAAGCAUUGGCUUCACGUUUAAUAGGCGCACUGGCUAAGCUCAAAAUACCUUGUUGCUGGCGCAAUGAGUGGCCGUGUGGGGGACCUGAAUGAAAAGCAGCAGGAAUGCCUGAGACAGUUCCGGGAGAAUCUCAAGGACCUCCUACCCAGUUUGCCUGGUCAGGAUGAUCACUAUCUUCUCUGUUGGCUUCGAGCCAGAAACUUCAACCUUCAAAAAUCAGAAUGUAUGCUACGGAAGCAUGCAGAGUUCCGGAUGUUCAUGAAAGUUGACACCAUUUUAGAAGACUGGAAGCCCCCAGAAGUGAUAGAACGUUAUUUGCCUGGAGGGAUGUGUGGCUAUGACAAGGAAGGCAGUCCAGUCUGGUAUGAUAUCUUUGGGCCAGUUGACCCUAAGGGCUUGCUGUUCUCUGCAACUAAACAAGACUUCAUCAGAACCAAAAUUCGAGACUGUGAAAUGCUGAGGAAGGAAUGCAAGUCACAGUCAGAAAAGCUUGGGAAGAACAUUGAGUCCAUCAUCAUGGUGCUUGAUUGUGAAGGACUGGGUCUGAAACAUCUCUGGAAACCAGCUGUUGACACUUAUGCAGAGGCCAUCACCAUGUUUGAGGAUAACUACCCUGAAGGAUUGAAGAGGCUGUUUGUUAUAAAAGCUCCUAAACUUUUUCCAGUUGCUUACAACCUUGUGAAACAUUUCCUCAGUGAAGAAACACGAGAGAAAAUCAUCAUCUUGGGAGGGAACUGGAAGGAAGUGCUGCUGAAAUACAUUGACGCUGAUCAGGUCCCAGUGCAUUAUGGUGGAUCACUUAUGGACCCUCCUGGAGAUCCCUACUGUAAAGCCAGGAUUAACUAUGCAGGGGAUGUACCGCAGAGCUAUUAUAUUCGGGCAUCAGUAAAACAACAGUAUGAGAAGAGCAUCGUCAUUAACAGAGGAUCCUCUCAGCAGCUGGACUAUGAGAUUCUCUUCCCAGGGUGUGUCCUGAGGUGGCAGUUCAUGUCUGAAGGAGCAGAUGUUGGGUUUGGAGUAUAUCUAAAGACAAAGAUUGGAGAAAGACAGAAGGCAGGUGAAAUGCCUGAAGUUGUACGCAGUCAACGUUACAAUUCCCAUUUAGUGCCUGAAGAUGGAAUGGUAACUUGCCAAGAUCCUGGAAUCUAUGUCCUCCGCUUUGACAAUACCUACAGCAUUCUGCACUCCAAGAAAGUGAACUACUCAGUUGAGGUCCUCCUUCCAGACAAAAUGUUAGAGGCACAAGUUACAGAGGAAGCGCAAAACAAUUUGUAGUAAAUGCAGUGUACAUUUCCAGAGAAUGGAGCUCCAGCCUGUGCGACCAUGGAUUGAGGUCUGGAGGAAUGCCAAUAAAAGAUUCAUUAUCAACUUCUGAAAAUACUUGUGGGUUACAUGAAGGCCUGCUGCUUUUACUUCAGUGUGGAGCAUUUUGUGAAUGAAUUAAUUUUGUCCCACUAAAAGGAGCAUUCCACCACAUAUCUUGGUGUUUGUGUCACAAAAGGCUCAGAUUGGAGAGCAAGCUAGACAUAGAGAGAGCUGUCUGUUGUUACUUUGUCGUAUUACCUGGGAACAUUAAGUUCUGUAGUAAUAUCAACUAAUUCAUCAUUGAGAUUGAUUUUAAACCUCCCUGAUUUGCUAUCCUAGCUUCCCCAUUCUUAAUAUUUUUUCAUGCCGUUUAUUAAUCCUUACGUUUUUUUUUUUCAGUUUACUUUUUAAAGUUGCUAUCUAUGCUUUAUUACUUUCUCAUCAUUCAAACAGCACAGUGUAUUACCUCCAUCUUUAGUUCCAGUUUUCUUCAUCCAGUUUCAUUACUCCAGUAAUUAGGUUGUGGUCUUUACCCUCAUCAACUAUUCUCAGUACCCUAAUUUUAUUCUUGUUUUACCGUAUUUUCCGUACUUCCACUCUUAAAUACUCUGGACUGACCACGUGGUUUCUGGUAUAAUAAUGCUAAAUUCUGAGUGAUUCAUGUAAAAGGAGCUCUUUCUGUUGGAAGUACCUAAUUAACAGAAUGUAAAUGUUUAGAAUGUAUAUGGAUUUAUGGGACUCUUGUCAGAUUUUUGAGAGAUAAAUGCUGACUCUUUCUAAAUUGUAAUUAAUAAAUUUUAAAAUGUAUAGAGUUUACAAUAAUGUAAUAUAAUGAAGGCAGUAUUACAGCUGUGAGGGCUAUAAGCCUUCUAGGUUCAUAAUGUUGCUAGUGCUGGACAAGCAGAAACUAUCAGCCAGAAUGAUGCAUCUGUGUCUCUCAUUGUGUGUCAGUUUUUGGAUGGUUUUUAAAAUCAGAAUUUAUCCGGCUAGCAGCAAUCCAUUAGUAGUUAGACCAGUAAACAUUAUUCUUUCCCAGUGCUAUCUCAAAAUCCAUACUGAGUAAGGAAGAUUUUUUUUCUUCGCAUUAUUGCACAUUUGCCUCAGAUAAAAUACAUCUUGUAGCCCUUUAAUUUACAGAUUUUUCAGAAUUGCUACUGACUCUCCAUUUUUAUGUUCUUCCUCCCUUGUGACUAUUAGGCCCUUAUCUCCUAAUGAUGAAUUUGCUCCUCUGCUCCCUGUGGACAGCUAACAGCAGAUAAAAUAGACAUAAAACUGGAAUUGUGGCCAUCAUCUGGUGAGGUUAGGAGACUGUGAAUUCCCCUAACUCUCGCCCCCUGCUGGUUAGAAAACAUAGUGCAGUGUGCGUGCUACACUGAGCCAGAGGCAUGUCCAUGCUGCUGUACACCUGUUAUAAUGAGAGUGGUGUGCAGUCUUUGGUAUUGUUGGGCCCCCUAUAUCCCCGUGUAUGUGGCCACACCAAUGUAUUAUUCCUCAGAAAGACACUGCCAAUUCCUUCCCCUGCUAUGGGUGAGCUGGCCUCUUCAGUAUCAGGACUGCCACCCAUACUGCUCAUGAGGGGUACAGUAGGGCUCAUUCCAUGGAGAUGGUGUGGUCUUCAUUUUUUUUUUUUACUCUUGUAAUUAGCAGAUUACAAGUAUGGUUAACAGAUAUAAAUGUGUAUGUUUUUGUUACAAUCUACAUAUGCAUAAGGAGCACUAAAGGAGGGUGGCCUUUAGAGACAUUUCACUCUUCUGUACUGGCUGCAUUCAGCCAGAGAUGGCUUUCUCUGAAUUGCAGUCAUCUCUGACACAAACAGUUGUUGCACACAUCAUUUAAAGCUAUCAUUUCUUUACCAAUAGGAACAGAACACCAGCUGUGGGUUUGGUAUAAUGGUUAAGGUCUUCACCUCAUAGACACAAGUGACAGAGUUUGAUUCUGAUCUCAAGUUAUUGGCUAAACUUAAAAUUAUCCCUCAAGACAGUUAACAUAGUAUUCCCCUGUGCAUGUGUUUAUCUGUAAUUUUUUUUCACAGUUUUUAGAAUUUUCUACAAAACCAAAAAGUGUCCUUUCAGUCAUAACUAUAGCUCACAUAAUAAAAAACAAAAAACAAAAAAAAAAAACUCAAGUCUGGGUUUUCCCCUACACAACUAUGUACACCAUGUAAGGAGUAAACCAUCCUGCUCUUCCUAUUAAAGGGCGACAAACACACACCAGUAAGCACCAUAGACACUUUAGGUCCCCAGUGAGCCACCUUUCAGUAAUACUUAGAGGUGCUUCACCCCCUGACUUCCCAUGUUGUAAAUUUUGAAAAACAAAAAACUGCCCUUAGAGCAUCUUCUUCUUUGUUGUUAACUUGCAGUAAAAAAAAAAUGUUUAACAUAACCUUUCUGAUCUCCACCACCUCACCCACACAUACUUAAAGUCCAGACUGCCAUAGCCAUCUUCUUCUCCAGCCUUAAGGCAUACCUUGCCUAUCACAGGAAAAGGGUAAGCACUACAAUUAACGUUCUGUUAUGUUUCCUUUUUCACUGUAUUUCUAUAAGCAUUUCAAUAAAUUGCUAUACGUUGGCUAUUUCUUAAUAUUUUCAUUCCGGAUUUCAGAUUUGAUGUCUAGGGCAUCCCAUUUCAUGAAGAGCUAUACCUGAAAAGGGGUCAUUUGACCAGUGUAUUUAACCUGCUAACAAAUUCAAAUAAAGUAACUAUGGCUCCAUCAUUGCACAAUUAUCUCUGAACGAUUCAUAACUGCAUUUGCUUUGAAAAUAUUAAUUUCUAAGGAAGAAUGAGAAUCGUAGUGCCACUUUAUAAGACAGUGUUGAUAAGACUUGAACUUUUAAAAUUUGAAAAAUAAACACCCAGAACUCCUGAGGUUACAAUUCUGCAUAUAGUUUGUUGAAUAAAGCAAUGUGGGUGGGAGAGUGGCCUAAUGGUUAAGGUGUUUGCCUUACAAACACAAGGUGCAAGAUUUGAGUCUCACAAGGGAUAAUUGUCUAGGCUUACAAUGGCUCGCAAGGGCAGUUAGCCUAGUACUAUCCUAUGAACCUAUGUAGCAUUCUAUAUUUAAUUUGGUGAAUAAAGCAAUGUAAUUUAUCAUCAGUUUUGACACCAGGCUUUCAGUUUAGCCAUUUCUUUGAAUUAUUAUGUGAGAUGCUUGUCAAUUGCAUAGAAAGAAUUGCAUUCUUUUGUACCCUGUGAGAUAUUUUGCAACUUGAAUUAUGAAGCCAUGUAUCUUUACAAAUGUGACAUUUUAAUUACAUGUGAUUCUUGAGUUAAGAAGAAUUUGGUGUUAGGUUAACAGUGUCAUGGUAUUUGGGUGUUGACAUAUCUAGGAAACAAGAAGAUGAAGUAGCUAUAUACCCUUUUUAUCAGUGCUAGUCUUCCUCACAGCUGUUAUCUUUCCAUUGUGUAGUCUGCUUACAUGAAGUUGAUGCUUAUAAUUUGUCUACGGUAUAUUGCUGGCAGUGAUUAUAGUGUUUACUGGCUGAAAAUAAUCCCACUAAUUUAGGUAGCAAAUGUUCUUAAUGCAGUGUUACAUGUAACAACAUGUUUAUCUGUGCAUAAAAAAGUCUGGUAUAAAAUGUAGGAUGAAUAUUUACUAAGUACAAAGUUCAUCUUUGUUCUGGGGAAUAAAAUAUAUGUUAAUUUAAAUAAAUACUGUGAACAUAA